AUGGAGUACUCUAUGUUCGAUUUCUACAAAGUGGACUGCGACUAUGAACCCAUGAUCAAAAAUUAUCCUGAAGGCCGUUCACACGAGAACUCCAUUGCCACAAUUCCAGUAUGCUACGUAUUUAAGAACGGAGUAAAGGUUGACCAAGAAAUUGGAACGCAUGGUUUACCUGUAGGCCGCUCUUCAGUCAUCCGUUUCGGUUACCUUGCUAAGUAA